AUGGAGGAAGCAUCCCCGACAACUCCCCUCAUCCGACGAGAGGAGCCGAAACCCCAGGUCCUGCCUGCAGUGACGAGGCUGCAGUAUAUCGCAACGGCUGUCAUUGCGGUACUGCACAUCGUUCGGGGCUUUGCGCUUCUCGUCUGUCCAGCCGUCGCAUUGUCAAGUUUUGCAGAGCCGACAUCCAGCACAGCUCUCUUCUUUACAAGCUUGCUUGGUGUACGCGAUAUUAUCCUGGGGGGCUUGUUGACCCUGGCCGAUUCCCGACGAAGUUAUGAAAUCCACAGAGCACUGGGCAUCGCGCUCUUUAGUGAUUCCGUGGACACUUUCGUCUUGAUAUUUGUGGUGGCUUGCUCGGCCCGUCUCAAAAAUCCUGCUCCGGAGAUCAUUUCUGUGGUAUUGCUGGCUGUUCUUGAACAUCUGACCUUGUGGAGCUUUGACGAGGAGGAUGACGAUGGUCUGAGUCCUUCCCAGCAGGCAACCAUCCAGGUCACGAGACUCGAUGAUAAGAGGUUGAGACUGGGCAUGUGGCUUGAAGAAUUGAAACAGGCAGAGUCACUGCAGGAGGAUUCACUUUCAACCCCUGAAUCGCCAGCCUCGUAA